UAAAGAACCAAUAGGCAUAGGAGAGGGGAGGAGCAGCGCAAUGACCGUGCGACGAGCGGCCCUGGGACAAGGUUCCGUUUCAUUGUUUGCAGCUCCAGGACCAGGGGAAGUAGGGAGACUAGACACUGCCGGAGCCUCUGCUCUGAUCCAGGCUUCCUUUCUAAAAGUCAAAAUGUGGCAGAACGUCGGUUUAACAUUUCUGGUGUUUGUGGCGACAUUAAUUUGUGUCCUACUUUUUAUGUUAUGUGGCUGGUAUGUGGUCUGGCACCUCUUCUUGUCCAAAUUCAAGUUUUUAAGGGAGCUAGUUUGUGAUAGUGGUUCACUCCAGGGAGAAAGUGAGUCAUCUGAAACACCCAGCGACUCAGAUGCACCACCCUCUCCUCAAAAACAGAAGCCUAAGUCAACAAGACAGAGAAGAAUUCCAGCUGAAGAGGCAACUUAAAAAAAUGAAGGCAAUAUUGAGGCUUCUCCAUGGGGAACUAAGAAUAUUUUCACCAACUGCACUGUAGGAGACAACUCUAUAAUUUCAUGGAAAUACUAAUUUCAUAAGAGUUUGCUUUAGAGAAAUAAGAUCUAUUAUGAAGCUGCUUGAUCACAUUUUAAAUAUAUAUGAUGCCUCAUCAAUCAAUAGGAAGCAUUUCAUGCAUGGCCUAUGACCUGAAGAAGAAAAAGUUCAUGGCUGAACCUUCAGUGAUUGUCUUGUAAGCUUCCAAGUUUGAAUUAAGAAGCUUAAACAUUCCCUGUCAUCCUUUAAAAUAAUGCUGGCUUGCAGGUAGUUGCCAUCAAAGCCUAUCUUGUUAUGACCACUUGGAUUUGCACAUCAGCAAGAACAUCAAUAUAAUAUUUCUGGUUUCUAUACACAUCCGCUCCAUGGUUACUAUUGAAUUAUGUAGCAUCCAGAAUGCCUAUUGGAAGCUCACAAUGCUGGAAUCCUGCCUUGUCUUUUGUAUUGUUUGUCUUGAUACCAUUCUACAUAUCAAGGAUAAGCAGUAGGUGUAGCCAUUAGAAUUAUUAAUUCAGGAAGCGUACAUUUUAUUUUAUAAAACUAUUAUAGAAGACACUCUACUGGUCUUAAGACUGUAGGAAAAACGUGUAUCUUCUUCAUAUAUUCCGUUUUUAAAACAGUUUGUCUCAUCCUGCUAUGACGGUUGCAUAUUGAAAACGUUAGAGGAUUCUUCUCCAAAGCAUUUCAGUGCACGUAUUAGUAAUUCUCUCUGCUCUGAGAUCUUACUCGGAAUAUAACUGAAUACCCAGUAACCUGAUAUAAAAAGUCAAGCUACAAAACAAUUUGCUUGUUUUAAGUGUCACCAGGGAAAAUGAUGAUCUUUGACUUUGUUAAACAACGUAUUUCAGAGAAGAGGUACAUAUGUUUGUAUUGCUAUUCUAUUGUUUCCUGUUUAAAGGUUUCACUCAAAACACUAACAGAAAAUGUCUAGUUUGUUUGGAAUUAUGUCUGUUUGGUUGCCUUCUAUGACAAGCUGUUUAAUUUGUUUACAAAUUAAUAGGUGCAUACUGUUGUUUUUUUGUUUUGUUUGUUUUUACAUGGUUACAUACCAUACCCAGAGUGAGUUUGAUUGAUAACUUUUUGCCCACCACCUCUUUUUAGUUGCAAUGGUUACAAAAAUAUAUUUGACUUGAUAUUAUUUCUAAAGCUGUCGUAUGUUUCUGUAGCCGCUAAUAAGUAAAAGAGACAUAAUAUCAUACACAAAUGACUUAACUAUAAAUGGGAAAAGAGAAUGUUCCUUUUUAGCAGGAUACAUCUGCUUUUUUUGAAUUCUUCUCAAGCUUCAACACUUUCAUAAAUUGAGAAUUCAGAAUUUUUAGUGGAAAAAAAACCUCGAAUUUUUCAAGAUUUAUUA